CUUCAACCUGUCCACCUUCACCACCACCACCGCCCCUCUCUGUCACUCCCAGCACCAACAACCAAACCCCCUCCCUGCCUUCCCUUGUUGAUAGAGGCGUGCACGUGGUUGCACUGGUGUCACUUUACAGACUAGCCGUGGACAGUGGACAGUCUUGCUGAAAAGCAGGACCGGGGCACGUUUGCUUUUUGGAUCUGAUCGCGUUUUGUCUCCAAGCUUGAAGUUCAAGAGGGGAGCUGCCAGGCACGCUCUCUCUCGGGUGGAGCUUGACGGAGCUGCCAAAAGUCAUGCCGGCCGGCUUUCAGCAACUGGGAGGAGAGACGGUGACUGGAACCCUUGCCCUAUCCGUGUUCACUGCUGUACUGGGAUCCCUGGAGUUCGGAUACAACAUCGGUGUCAUCAAUGCACCUCAGAAGAUCAUCGAGAAGGACUACAACGCCACAUGGGUGCACCGCUACGGACAAGCCAUCCCGGCGGGGACGCUCACGUCUCUGUGGUCCCUGUCCGUAGCCAUCUUCUCCAUCGGCGGGAUGAUGUCCUCAUUCUGCGUCGGCUUUGUUUCCGAGUGGCUGGGCAGGAGAAAAGCCAUGCUGAUCAACAACUUGCUAGCCUUCAUGGGUGGGACGCUGAUGGGCCUGUCCAAGUUGUGUCGCUCCUUUGAAAUGUUGAUCCUUGGACGCCUUGUCAUCGGCGCCUACUGCGGGCUGGCAUCCGGCUUGACCCCUAUGUACGUGGGUGAGAUAGCGCCAACCAGUCUGCGCGGGGCGCUGGGUACGCUGCACCAGCUGGCCAUCGUCACAGGGAUUCUCUUGGCGCAGAUUCUAGGGCUGGAGCAGCUGCUGGGAGGUGAGGAGCUGUGGCCCAUCCUGAUGGGGCUGACGGUGUUGCCGACCGUCCUCCAGAUGGCGCUGCUACCGUUCUGCCCCGAGAGCCCUCGCUUUCUCUACAUCAUCCGAUGUCAGGAGCACCACGCCAAGAGAGGCCUGAGGAGGUUGACGGGGCGCCAGGAAGUGGGCGACCUGCUGGCGGAGAUGAAGGAGGAGAAGAGGAGGAUGGACAUGGAAAGGAAGGUGUCCAUCGCGGAGCUGUUCCGGUCGCCGCUGCAUCGCCAGCCGAUGGUCAUUUCCAUUCUGCUGCAGCUCUCCCAGCAGCUCUCCGGUAUCAACGCGAUUUUUUACUACUCCACCAGCAUCUUCACCAAGGCCGGGGUCCAAAGUCCAGUUUAUGCCACAAUUGGAGCCGGAGUGGUGAACUGUGCUUUCACCGUGGUCUCGCUUUUCCUAGUUGAGCGGAUGGGCCGGAGGACGCUCCACAUGCUGGGGCUGGGCGGAAUGUGUGUCUGCGCCGUGGUCAUGACCGUAGCUCUCAGUUUAUUGGACACCGUCCCUGCAAUGAGCUACGUCAGCAUGUUGUCCAUCUUCGGUUUCGUGGCCUUCUUUGAGGUCGGUCCGGGUCCAAUCCCUUGGUUCAUUGUCGCCGAGCUGUUCUCGCAGGGUCCCAGGCCAGCUGCUAUGGCCGUGGCAGGUUGCUCAAACUGGACCGCUAACUUCGUCAUCGGCAUGGGCUUCCAGUACGUUGCUGAGCUGUGCGGACCGUACGUGUUCCUGAUCUUCGCCGCGCUGCUGCUCUUCUUCCUCAUCUUCACCUUCUUCCGCGUGCCCGAGACACGGGGCAAGACCUUCGACCAGAUUUCCGCCAACUUCCACCACGCCUCAGCCGACGACGCCAUGAUGGACAUGGAUAUGGAACUCAACAAGACGAGCACAGAACUGGACUACUUUGGGGACGAAAGCAAUAACUGACAAUUCCACGACGACACUGGAAGGCUUUUGUUUUAUUUAUAAUCUGAGUGUUGUGUUUAAAAAAAAAACAACCAAAAAAAAAAACCUAACACUUCUUUCCAGGGAAUACGUAAUGGACAUUUACUUCUAAUUCCACACACUGGAAAUGUUUGCACUUUAAUGAUAUAUCUUAGACUAUUAAGAAUAAUUAAUUUCAGUUACUCAGAAGAGGAACUCAAAGAUGUUUUGUCCAAUUUUAAGGCAAGACAUACGCGAGCUGAGGCUAAAUUAUCAAAACGUGAUCAUUCUCAAUAUGUAGCGUGUUGAGCAAUUUUGAUAACGCAAAUCCAGAAAAGGCACAACUCUUGCAUUUAGUUCAAGUUCAAUCGUAACAAUUAAGCACCCCCCAAAAAUAAAUUUAAAAAGUCACAUUUUUGUGAUAGCAUGCUCGAGACAUUUGACAACUCUCAUUGGCAGUUGUACAAAUUCCCUCAUCUUAACCAUUUGGCUAAAUAGCUAACCAAUUGUACCUACAACCAGAUGAGUGAUGCCAAGUUACA